UUUUCUGAAAAUAUUCAACUGUCCAACAAUUCAAAUUAAGUCUCUAAGAUAUUCUUCUAAGCAUCUAGCUGAUGGUUUUCAAAUUGCAGCUAUUGAAAAAAAAAAGAUCAAAACACCCUUCACCAACAGGUCAGUGUGGCAGUAUGUUCACACUGCCGUACUAUUAGUACUAUCAAUUCUAUACUUUCAUCUCCUCAGAUAUCGUAUAAAAUUUUCACUUUAAGCCUGAUAUUGACGUUAAGCAUCUCCAAUCUCCAACUAUGUAAAUCGUUAACUUCACGCAUGAAGUAAUAAAUACAUGAUUAGUUGAAGUCAAAUUUAAGUAAAAAUUCAAUAAAUGGUACAACAGCCCUAUAGCAUAGUCACUUUUGUAAUCAAGAAAUAAUUGAGAAUUAUAUCUGAAAAAUCGGGAAAAUAUGCAAGAAUUAAAAAAAAAGAAAUUCACAGGCCACCCUUUUGGGAACAAGAAAUUUCUGAAAAAAAACGCAUGAAUUUCUCAUACAACUGAGCAAAAGUGACUCUCUCUAUGUUGGUCUCAUCGACCGUGCAGAAAACUGCUCGAAAAAAAAACUAUUGUUCAAUUUUGACCACUUCCUUCGUCCCAUUGUGCGCACCCGCUUGAAAGUACGAAUCACGGGCAGCCACUCGACACUUUGGCAGUCGCACGUUCAACCAUCGUAGCCACCGCAGGCCCGGCGCGCACUCACACUCGACUCGUCUCGUGCUGGCUAAUCAAUCGCGUUUUUUUUUAUUAAUCUCUCCCGAAAGCAGCGAGAAAAAGCGGUGCAAAUCACGGUGCUUGUAAACUCUCCGGUCAUCAGUACAACCCAUAACCGCAAGAAUCCAGAGCGGCGGAUUAGUUGAGUGCAAGAAGAAUGGACACUGGUUCCUGUGGAACGAAAUUUUAGUGCAUUUUCUUCUUUUUGGUGAUUUACCCACGACGCAAAUAAAACGACGCGUAGCAAGAAGACGUGAGUGAAUUCGAAGCAGCAUGGAUGUGUGAGUGAAGUCAGGAUCGAAAAAACAAUCGAGAGUAGGUAAAUGAACAUUGUGUGACGACGACGACUACGAGAGGGUGGUGUGGUGAGCGAAGGUCUUUUCUCGUUCGAAAACUGACCUGUGUCUGCGGGCGGAAGUCGACCAAUCAACCAGCCAGUUGGUGGGAGGGUGAAGCAAGAAGAGUGCAUUUUUCGUUCGGUCGUUCGGUGGUUGAUUGACAGAAGAAGAAAAAUAAGUGCGUGAGUUGUUGGUGCGGCACCACCAACAACAAACAACAACAGCCUAAACCCAAGCCUCAAGUCCGGAACCAAGUUUCUACGUGAGAUGGAUCCGGCAGUUGCUUGGUAUCAGGAAGAGCAAGAAGGACCAGCCAAGUAUCAGUGGAUGAAAAUCUGGGAAACCAUGUCCGAGUUGAAUCCUCCAUUGACCGUUCCGGCUGAGAACCAGAAGCCUCAACGAGCCGGAACGGAGAAACCGAACCGUGGCGGUGUAGGGGGAAUCGAAAACCGUCUCAUCGUUGCCGCAGGGGGUGGUGUCGGAGGUGGAGGUGGUGACGAUCACCACCAUCACCAUCAUCACCACCACCACACUAACGCGUUAAGUGAGAACAAUAACAACAAUAGCAACAACAACAAUAACAAUAAUAACAAUAACGUCGGUAAUGGCAAUGGCAACAAUGGGAAUAACACGCCUACCGGCGGUGGUGGCACUAUUCUAGUCAACAGCAACGAGAAGAACUACAAUCCGACCAGGAAGAAAGCCGGGAGUACGGUGGACAAUAAGGCCAGUACUUACUACAUGAACAAGCAACACUUGCGACUGAUAGGCGUGCACGGCGGGUGCCCGUGGCGUCCGCCCAACUACAAGUACGGAAGAGGAAUUAUCGGACUGCACGAGGAGAUUGAGCAAUUUUACGCCCACAUGGUACCGACACAGACGGAGCAUGCGCUAAGGGUACAGGUGGUCGCCCGGAUAGAGGCCAUCGUGUUGAAUCUCUGGCCAGCGGCCCGGGUGGAGAUGUUCGGAUCGUUCCGCACCGGGCUGUACCUACCUACAAGUGAUAUUGAUCUGGUCGUCAUUGGCCUCUGGGAGAAGCUCCCGCUGCGAACGCUGGAAAACGAACUGAUCAACCGUGGCAUUGCCGAACCGAUGUCGGUACGCGUCCUGGACAAGGCGUCCGUCCCGAUCGUGAAGCUGACGGACCGGGAAACCCAGGUCAAGGUGGACAUCUCCUUCAACAUGCAGUCCGGCGUGCAGUCGGCUGAGUUGAUCAAGGAUUUCAAACGCAAGUACCCGGUGCUGGCCAAGCUGGUUCUGGUGCUGAAGCAGUUUCUGCUGCAGCGGGACCUGAACGAGGUGUUCACCGGUGGCAUUUCGUCCUACUCGCUGAUACUGAUGUGUAUCAGCUUCCUGCAGCUGCACCCGCGGGCCAACCAGAACCAGACGACCAAUCUGGGGGUGCUGCUGCUGGAGUUUCUCGAACUGUACGGUAGAAAGUUCAACUACAUGAAGACUGGAAUUAGUGUUAAAAAUGGCGGCCGAUAUAUACCCAAAGAAGAACUGCAACGUGAGAUGAUCGACGGUCACAGGCCCAGCUUACUGUGUAUUGAAGAUCCCCUAACGCCGGGAAACGACAUCGGGCGGUCAUCUUAUGGUGCCCUCCAAGUGAAGCAGGCCUUCGAGUACGCGUACAUCGUGUUGAUGCAGGCCGUCUCACCGCUGAACAAAUUCCUCAACGACUGCAACCGGCAGAGCAUCCUCGGUCGGAUAAUACGCGUCACCGACGAGGUGAUCGAAUACCGCAAAUGGAUCAAGGAAACGUUCGAAUCAAGACUGAUAGCGGCGCAAACGAUAGUGCCGACGAUACUGAACGACCCGCUGAACCCGCAUAUUCCACUACACCUCCAGCAGCAAGUCCAGCUCCAGCAGAUCAUCUACAAUAACAAUAACAACAACAGGCGGAGAAACAGCUUAUCGAGUGUGGACACCUCCGAGGAAAGCAUGGACAGCGACGUGGACUCGAAUUCCGCCUCGCGAGACAUUUCCCCAACGAGCAUAAACCGAUCUCCGGAGUUGGUGCACGAUCAUCAUACGAUGCACCAUCCGAAUGGGACCACCGGAGGCGGCGGCGGCGGUGGUCCCGUAGUGGUUCUAACCUCUCAAAUUCCAACCCACGGGCACGAAACCGUGCUAAUAGAGGAUAAUAAUGUGAUCAACCUGACCUUGGUCGCCCAACAGCAGCAGCAGCAACAACAACAGCAGCAGCAGAUGCUCGAUGGGAUCAACGAAAACCAGAUGAUCAACUAUAGCAUGAACAACCGACGCAGCGCAUCGUCGCCGCAUCAGAUCGUGGGUGGUGGCGGCAAGAACGCCCCACUCAACAUCUACACUCCUCGGAGUAGCUCAGAACGGAUGGCCGCCCUCGGGGGAAACGUUGGAGGCCGCCAUGGCACGGCGGGUAACAAUAACAACAACCAACAGCAGCAGCAGCAGCAGCAGUCGACCGGUUUGGUCCGGCACAAUAGCAAACAGCGUCGGUCAACGAUCAACAUGCUCGAGCAGUACUUGAUCAAUCCGAAUAACAACAACGCCAACAACAUAAUCAACCUGACUGGUAAGGAUGAGAAUCUGCACCAGAGCAAUAACAACGUUGUGGUGGUAGGCAGCAACGGUGGAAAGGACCAGAAGAACCAGCAGCAACAGCAACUGCAGCUACAGCAGCAGCAGCAGCAGCAGCAAGGUCAGCAGUUGUACAGCUUGAGCAAAAAGUCGUCGUCGGGGCAGAAUGUGAACGCGACGACGUCCUCUUCCAAGCGCAAAAAGACCAUCUCGCCGACGGACAAGAAGGGCGGUCCGAUCGGAGGUGGCUCGGGGAGCGGCGGCAGCAACAGCGGAAGCGGCAUGGAAAGCCGAUGAUAUCACACGAGACAUCAGCACUGUGCACGGUACGUGCAUUACUGCUUCUAGAGAACGUGUGAAUCGUGUCUACAUCUAGGCGCCAGCCGAUACUACUAUAAUUUUUCUUUUAAAGAGGCACAGUAAUACUAGGAAUAUACGCUAGUAGGGACGUGUGAGCUGCAAGAGAAAUUUUGACCGGAAAAGUAUAGUGAUUCAACUAUAGUUGUAAAAUUGCAUAUAUAGUUACAUUAUAGUAGGUGUGUAGAGAAUAGAGAGAGAGAGCCGCUACUACAGGAAGUAUUCGUUCUCUUGCGAAACCUCUCUGAACGUCAUGAUUUGAAUCGUGAUCAUCUCCGUUUAUAAAUACUACCUUAUAUUCUUUUUGUCUCUAUGUGUACAGCUGCCAUUUGUGAAGCGAUAACGCGUUUUUUCAUCGAUUAUCAAUACUACUACCCGGGAUCUUAUUAUUGUUGGCAAACUCUCAUAUCUCUCCAUAAUUUCCGUGCGUGUAGUCACUGCCCAAAAGUAAGGACGAAAAGAAUGCUAAAAAAAAGGAACUUAGUCAGACAUUAGAAGAAGAAGAAGAAGAAGAAAAAUCAUACCAGUUAAGGCUAAUAGUAAGAGUUAAAACCUCUAUUUAAGCUCAGAUACACACGCGUGAUAGAACGUGAUUAUCGUUUAGGGAUUACUCAUUUGAGAUAAGUAAGGAAAGUCACCCACAACCAGACAGACACAAACACACACACCCAUACUUACAUACAUACACAUUCAAAGUCAUAAUUAGCGAAGCAAAGCAAAACAAAAAAAAAACAAAUAUUUAGGGACGACAAAUCCAACCCAGAUCCAAUUACCUUACUCGAAAACGAAACAAAACAAAACAACUGUAGAUUCUCUGAAACAUUCUAUUUGGAAUCGUCCUCUCUCCCUUGCCCGCACGGACAGGAGCACGUGUGGGACGAGGGUCGAUUUUUAAUAUCCUUGGGGUUUUAAACCGUGAGUUGUGUAGAAACGCAACCAAAACAAACAGCAAGCGAUAUGUACUCUUUCAAUACCUUGAGCAGAUCAAUGUGAAACAAUAGGUAUAGCCCUUCUCUGAUGGUCCGUCGUGUUCGUUGUAGUGCCGAAGUGAUGAGUACUAUUAUCAUUAUCAUGUAUGUAUUUGAUAGGGCAUCUGAUAGAGAUAGAGAGAGAG